GCUAAAUACUUCCCAGCUUGGGCUAUUCCUGCUGAGAUGAAGAUGUACCGGCCCGGCUCGGAAUGGUUGGCGCGGAAAUCGGACAAUUCUUGGUUCAGUUGAACACUUUCUGGCAAACCGUAACUACAUACAUCACGUUAAAGUUAAAACUGUGAUAUUUGAUUACAUCAGUCGGUUGACAAGAGUAGAGUUCUGCCCUUGGCGCUAAACCAAUCCAACCCAACAGUUCCAGACAUCUUUAAAAAAUAUUUCAAAAACAAUUUAUUGAGUUAGAAGAAUUCAAGUAUUCAACACUGAUCCCAUCUGAUCAGUGAAACCAGCGAAAUCCACCAAAUUAUUUCAGAGAAGUUUCAACAAAAUCCGCAAAACUGUUUUGGGAAUAUUUUCGAAAUUUUCCACCACGUCCGCAGAACUGUGUAAAAGUGAAAUAGACUUAUUCACAAAUGUGAAUGUCUGGCUAAACGUUUGUGAAAUCAUGUAAAAUCUCUGAAAGGGAGAACUGUAUUGGGAUUUGUUAGAACUCUCUCUCCAUCAAAAGCAAAACUUUGAUGUUUUCAAAACUUUUAUGAGCGAAAGAAAACCAAUUUACGUUGGGCCGGCAGAAUUCCAGAAUUUCUGAUUAAUAUUUCAAUUUUCAAUCUCUUGUUUGACAGAGUUGAGAAAAUUAAUGAUUUGACUGUUGCAUAGUUGAGAAAAUGAUUACACAGUCUACGUAUAGGGAUGGAAAUACAGAGUUAGGAAAAGAGAUGACCCCCGGUAUCAAUCAGUCCUUUGAAGAAUCAGAAAAUUCACAGAUGUCUAUGACAAGUUUGCCCGGUGAAAUGAAGAUUGAGAGUCCUGGUGGUUUAGAGACAGGAGGAAUAAUGUACCAUCAUCAACAGGUGGACCAGCAUCAUAUAUCAGAUCAGAUGCAGUAUCAAGAUCAACAUUACUACAAUCAAUGGUGUGGAGGAGAUUAUAAUCAAAUAAAUUAUUAUCAGCAGGGGUACGGUCAGCAACAGCAGUACCAGCAGUACCCGUACACACAUCAGUACAGCAGAGAGGAUAUGUACAGCAUGGGGUACAGAUCAGAUAGUCCCAUGGGAGGAGGAGGAUACCACCCCCCGGCACGCUCCCCUACAGGGUCAAACAGUACACCUAGUCCACAUUCUCAGGAUAUUCCAGGAGAAGAUAUGACACAACUUGAGUUGAAAAGAUGUCCUGAAGAGACCUUUAGACCUUCUCCUGUUCAACCCAAAAAACCCAAAGCAUCACGCCGGAAGAAGAAGAGGGAUCCUAAUGAGCCCCAAAAACCUGUCUCAGCCUAUGCACUCUUUUUUAGAGACUCCCAAGCCUCUAUUAAGGGUAGAAACCCAAAUCUCACUUUUGGCGACGUCUCUAAAAUGGUUGCAUCGCUCUGGGACUCUCUGGAUAGUGAAAGCAAGGCCUUAUAUAAAAAGAGAACUGAAAUGGCCAAGAAGGAAUAUUUAAGGCAGUUGGCCUCUUAUAGAGCAUCGUUGGUAUCCAAGGGACAGGCCGAGGAUAUGUUUGGGUUCCCUGGAUACGGAUAUCCUCACAUGGGAGUGGGACAAAAUAUCCCGCCCCAUCCUCCCAGCGCCCCCAGUCAAUCAAUUAAUCAAGUAUCACCUGGAGGACAGGGGUUCCAUCCUAGUAACGAGUUCAAUAAUCAGGUCGGACCCGGAAACGAUUGCUCCGGAAGUUCUCCGCCCUGCCUCUCUCUUCCGGCUUCAUCCCAGGGACACUCUCCUCAUUCCAUCCCCGUAUCAUCCCAUCAAAUCCCAGGACACCCCGCCAUCCCAGGACAUCCGGGACAUCCAGGACACCCGGCCCAUAUGUCCUCAGUAGCAGGACAAGGAUACCAGGACAAGUAUUCUGAGUAUACCGGUCCUACAGGACAAUUUGACGGAUAUCAUCCAGUAUCACAGGACAGGAAUCACAACCAGCUGGGUCAACCUGGAGUAUGCGGCCGACCCGGCUGCGGUAGACCAGUCAAUAAAGCAGCUGAUGGAACCGAGAGUACGUACUGCAGCAGCGAGUGUGUUGUCGGUCAGUGCAGAGAGGUUUACAGCAGUUGGGCGGGGGCAGGAGCCCCACCAACCCAACAGCAACCACCAACACCACAAGUCAAAUAAAUCAAAGCUAGAAAAUGAACACAAAUACCCAUAGAGAGCACAUAGAAGCAACCCUUUAGUUGAAAUUAUAAAAGCUAUAUAAACAGAUAAGGCCAAAACCCAGUUGAUCCAUUUUAAACCUUCGCGAUAGAAGUCAAAACUUAUCUUGUCAAAAACCAGUGAUCUAUCUAUCUAUCAAUACUUGAUAAAACAUUUAACCUAUACAGUGUGUAUACAGAGUUACCCCUAUUGUAGCGCACACCUAACAUUUAGUGUGAGUAUUAUUUGUUAUAAAACUUAAUUAGUUCAUUGUCAUUGUCAACCUACAUUUUCAUCUUUGAAAACAUUAUUGUAUCCCAGAAAAAUAUUUUUUUCAUAAUUAUUAUUGUAAAUAUUAUAGUCUUGAAUCUCAGAUCCUAAACCAGUAUUCACUUGCUAAUCAUAUUCAUUCUUAUUUAUUAUUAUUUUAUCUAUUUGAAAAAUGCGCAAAAUAUAAAUGUUGGGAGAAAUCCUCGAGAUACGUAUUUGAGGAAACCGGAACGUUUUGAGCAUCUUUUCUCGCAGAUUUUUAGGGUCGUCAACCAAACAUUCCAGAAUUGCAGAUGAGAUGCUACCUCAAAAUUUAUAAUUUUGAAAAUUUAUUUUUCUUUAACAUUCCUAGAUUGUGAUCAUAAUCAAUAAUAGUAGUUCUGAUUUUUAGUGAUACUUUUCUGACAAUAUUAUUAUGGUUAGAUAAUAAAAUAUAAAAUUUAUA